AGGAAUAACAGAGUAUGCCAUAUUAUACGAGGACACGGCGAACGGUGAACCCAUGUUUGGAUCCCUCUGAUAAUUUUCUGUCGGUGUGGGAUUUCUUGGAGUCUUGCUGAUGAUCUUUGAUGCUUUUUCUCACAUACCCUUGAAGAGAAGGAAGUUCAGAAGUAUUGAUCACAUGGAGGCCGAAGAAGCUCAGGCCAAGCUCACAGCAGCAAAAGAAAAGUUCGGGAGAGAAAUCCGUGUUUUUGAAACAUCAGCAUCUUCUUCUUCUUCACAAAGAGAGUCUAAUACUGAGGAGCCAGAGGAUUUCUAUGAGUUCACUGCAGAGGAUUAUUAUCGGGUUUUGAAUGCCAAAAAGCAAGAUAACACUCUUAAAACGCGAAAGUUAAGAGAAGCAGAGAAGGCAGCCCGCAGGUCAAAAAUAACCAAGACGGUGAUCAGGGUUCGAUUUCCUGAUAACCACACAUUAGAGGCCACUUUUAAUCCAUUGGAAACAGUCCAGAGCUUGGUAGAUCUUGUUGUCAAAGUGGUUGCUCGGCCAGAUUUACCAUUCUAUAUAUAUACUACUCCUCCAAAGAAACCGAUAAAAGACAUGUCACAGGAUUUUCACACUGCUGGCUUUGUUCCCGGUGCAAUUGUGUACUUUUCAUAUGAUAUACCGAAAGCAGAUGAUGCUGCAGAUGUCAUGUCGGGUCCCUUUCUUCAGGAAGAGAUCAUGUCUUUGAAAGGUUUGGAGCUCAUCAAUAAGCAUGUAGAGCCGCCUGUUCAGUGUGCACCAGAAACCAUAACGGAGGCACCGCCCCCUGUUGUCCCAGAGAAGAAGCCUGAAGGGAAGAAACCUGCUAAGCCAAAGUGGCUGAAACUGUGACAUGAAUCACGGUAGUAACUUCGCAGGUGUACUCUAUCAAUCGUCUCAUGUUCUGUGAAUGGACGCACGUUUUUAAGAUUGUGCUGGUUCGGGUGGUUUUUCAUUGUCUGCAACUUGCCCUCGGAUGCUUGUUAGGAGUUUAAAGAGAAGGCUUGUGUUCUUUGCUAAGAUGGUUUAUAUUUUCUAGAACAAAACAUUGUAUGAAUGUUAGCCGUAUACAGCGUGCCGCUUUCAUUGAUUUGACA